AUGGCGGCCACCAACGGGGAUCUUGCAUCCCCAUGGGACGAAUCGAGACAGCUCGGCCAGCUAUUCAUGAUGGGUUUUGAUGGAACCUCCAUCACGGAUCAAGUCAAAACGCUCAUUGAGAAGUAUCAUGUAGGCUCAAUACUUCUGAAGGCUCAAAACCUCAAAUCUGCUGAGCAGACUACCCAGCUUGUGCUUGAUCUUCAGACCCUAGCCCGGAACGCUGGCCACCCUGUUCCGCUUCUCAUUGCUCUUGAUCAAGAAAAUGGCGGGGUCAACAGCCUCUAUGAUGAGGUCUACAUUCGCCAGUUUCCCAGUGCCAUGGGCGUCGCCGCCACCGGGUCAAAGAAACUGGCCAGGGACAUUGCCAGAGCGACGGCUCAAGAACUCAAUUCCUGUGGCAUCAAUUGGAUCUUGGGACCAGUACUUGAUGUCCUUACAAACGCCAGGAAUCAACCACUCGGAGUGCGGUCAAUAGGCGACGAUCCCCAAGAAGUGUCGGCUUUCGGAGUCGAAUGCAUUCAAGGGUAUCAGGAAGGAGGAGUCGCAACAUGCGGGAAACAUUUCCCUUCUUAUGGCAACCUCGAAUUCUUUGGUGUGCCUGAUGAUGUGCCUACCAUUACCGACUCCCUCGAAAAUCUGAGCCAAAGCGCUCUCGUUCCAUUCCGCACUGCUAUUGCGCGUGGCGUUGACUCGUUGAUGGUUGGAGGGGUGGCUAUGGCAUCCUCUCAGGUCAAUGUUAUGCAUGCCUGUCUUUCUGAACAGAUCGUUAGAGACCUACUACGAAAUGAAAUGCGAUUUGAUGGUGUCGUGGUUUCCGAAUGCCUCGAAAUGGAAGCCCUGAGCCGCAACAUCGGAAUCAGUGGCGGGACCGUCAUGGCAUUCAGAGCUGGUUGCGACUUGAUCCUUACAUGCAGGUCUUUGUCAGUCCAGGAAGACGCUAUCAAUGGGCUCCGAGCAGGGCUGGAUAAUGGAAUGAUCGAGCGGUUCCGUGUGCAAGAGUCUUUAACAAGAAUCCUGAGGAUCAAGGCGAAGUAUACCUCUUGGGAAAAGGCCUUUUCUCCUGCUGGGAUUGCAAAUCUGGCACGAUUACAGCCCCUCCAUACGAGUCUUUCCAAUACUGCCUACAACCAAUCGAUCACCGUGGUUCGAGACCAGGCCCAAUAUCUACCGCUAUCGAGAGUUCUCCGUCCUGAAGAUGAGCUGCUCCUGCUAACACCCCUAAUCAAGCCAUUGCCGGCCUCAGCCCUGUUUCAGCAAAUGCAAAACGAGAAUUCAUCCUUGCCGGCCUUUGAGCGGAAUCCCAGCGUUGAUACGAACACUUCUAUCAUGAGUGGCGAACAAGUCUUCCGGGAGCUAGGGAGGUCUUUGGCUAGGUAUCGCCAUGGCAAGAUUUCCCAUACAUCAUACACAGCGAACGGAGUGCGACCACUGCAUGAGAAUUUGCUGAAUCGAGCACGAGGUGUCGUCGUGGUAACGGCUGACGCGGGCCGGAACAAGUAUCAAAACGCUUUUGCCAAACAUGUUUCCAUGCUGUGCAAGCUGGCUGUGGGACCAGAUGGGUCUCCUCGAGAAAAGCCUUGCGUUGUGGUUGCAGUCAGUUCUCCCUUCGACUUUGCAUCAGACACGUCGAUCGGGACAUACGUUUGCACCUAUGACUUCACCGAGACCGCUCUGCGGGCUCUUGUACAGGUACUUUACGGCGAGCUCAGCUCCGUGGGCCAGCUCCCCGGAUCAUACAGCCUAAAGCCACAAACCAGUCAUUCUCGCCAGCAGUGGUUGGUAGAGAGUUUCAACGAAGAACGCGACUCGACAGCACUAGAUAUGCUACUUCUUCAGGCCCAAGCUGAGCCCUCAGCCAAUGCGGCAGCGCUGAAAAAUGUGAGAGCUAGCACCUUUCUCCUUCGUGACGUGGAUGUGGAGGAGGCGCACUUUGUGGUCAGAAACAGCAGCACAAAAGAACUCUUUGGAUUCUGCGCGACGUACUUUUCCAACAAAACCGGCGUCGGUCAUAUUGGAGCAAUCAUUGUUGAUCCUGCGCGACGGCGGCUAUCCAUAGGCCACUCCCUACACGACCGUGGCGUUCGGGCGUUACUGCAGAAGAAAGGCAUCACUAAAUUUCAGCUCGGGGUGAGGUUUCCUAACGUCUAUCUCGGCAUUCCUAAACUGGACCCGCUUGAAUACAAACGACUUCGGCAAUGGUUCGCAAAGUUGGGCUGGAACACCUCGCUAUCGAUCCCUGUGGCCAGCAUGUCUAUCGACCUCACAAACUGGGCGCCUCCGGAGGGUCUCGGCCAGGCAUUGACCAAUCCAGAAGUCAAGUAUGACCUUGUUUACGGUAAAGAAUACGAAGCUGUCAUGAUGGAACAUAUUACCAGGUGUGCCCGGUAUGACGUUCAGAGCAUCUAUCAACUAGCCUUGAGCAACAAAGAGGCCACAGGCGUUAUUCGAGCCAAGCGUGCGUCUGACCAGUCCAUAUUGGGAAGCGUCCUGAUUUGUCGACCAGAAUCGCGCAUUGCUCAAUUCAUCCCGGCCGUGUACAAGCAGGCCGGAAUGGCUUGUAUAUCUUCACCUGUUAUAUCAACCGCGUUUAGCGACCGGACUUCUAUUUUCCAGGGGUUAAUUCUGCUGGGACUUCGUCAAUUGAAGAAACAGGGGCUACGAGCUGUCCUGCUUGAUUAUAUUCGAGGAGAUGCCACGGCCGACGGUUUGACGGCCAUGGGAUUUGGCAUCGCGAACAGCUUUGAAGAGAUCUCCAGCGAUCCAGUACACUGGACCAUGAUGUCUGGGACUUAA